AUGAGAGGCGUUGACACGUUAGGCACCGUCAAGCUCAGAUAUCUCGAUUUUCUGUUGACCCUGUUGGCGCUCGAGAAAUAUUUCCGCAUUUCCUUCCACCAACUUUGGAACUCAUCAUUUCUGCGCUGGCAUUUCGAGUCGCUGGAGGAAAUGCUCGUGCCAGCUGUGCUGGCAUUUCGAGUUGCUGGAACAAAUGCCCAUGCCAGCUGUGCUGGCACUCCGAGUGCAAAGGGUCAAAGAAUGUUUGAAAAGUUGGUAUUUGAUAGACAAUUAAAAGAUCUACCCCUGAGCUCGAGUGUAACGGAUUGGAUUCAUUUCUCCGGCGCGAUCCAUUUGCGAAGCGUGCGACGUUUCGAGAGAACGAGACACGAGGGUGGCGGACAAACCUCCAGGCCAGGAAGACCCCCAAAGCGCGCUUCCGUUGGACUGAGCCUCGCAGCCAGCCACUUAGCCGCGGCGGCUGGUCAUCAUCCUCAGCACUCCCUGAAGAAGCACCGACUGGACAACGGCGACUACUACGAGAACGGACACCUCGACGUACCGAGGAUGGAAAAGUCACCGCUCCUGGCGAACGGGUACAACCACCCGCCCACGCACCUGAGCCACAUGCAGUUCAUGCAGCUCGGCGGGCACCCAGGUGCAGGACACACCGCCAUCCUGUCACCGGCCAGUCUACCGCAUCACCUGCAGGCGCAGGCACAGGCUCGUGCCGAGCAGGGCCUCAAGGUCAACCCGAAUAUGACCAACAUGGAAGCCCUCGCGAGGUCCGGGACGGUUUGGGAAAACUGCCGAGCUGCCUACGAAGAUAUUGUCAAACAUCUCGAAAGGCUCCGAGAGGAGAGGGGCGACGCCGAGAGAGCGCUGGCUUUGGACCACAAACCCAGGGACCUCAGCUCGCACAAUGGCUCCUCCAACGGCCACAGCCCGGUUCUAAAUCUGUCGAAAACUGCGGGAAGCGGAAGCGUGGGCGAGCACUCCGGAAGCGAGGCGGGAGCGUCGCAUCGUUCUCAAGACGACGAGGAGGAGGACGACAAUCUGUCGGAGGACCUCGAGGACGACAACGAAAAGGACGAAGAUUUGUCGGACGUGCCGGAGAACCUGCCGCUGCCGGCGCCGGGCUCGGAAAGUCCUCAGGCCCUCAACUACUCGCAGAUAGCCUCAGCGGCGGUCGCCGUGUCUCAGGGCGCCCAGGACCCCUCGGUCUCGAGUACGGAGACCCUGCUGAGGAAUAUCCAGGGCCUGCUCAAGGUCGCGGCCGACAACGCGAGGCAGCAGGAGAGGCAAAUCAACUACGAGAAAGCCGAGCUGAAAAUGGACGUUCUCCGGGAGCGGGAGGUCAAGGACAGCCUGGAGCGGCAGCUGCAGGACGAGCAGAAGGUGCGAGGUGAGUACGAGAGAGCGUGCUGGUUUCACCUCGUCGUCACCUCGUCGCGCCCCGGGAGGCGCCAAUCUCCGGGCGCGACGGCCGAACCGAAGGCUUCACACGGCCGGCUUUCAAGCGAACGUCGCCGCGGACUUCCGGGUCGGGACGCGCGAUUCCCGUCCGUCCUUGCCAAGAAGACAGUCUUGGUCUGACGGAAGGAAGAAAGG